AUGAAGCUUUCUACCUCUCUUGUUCUUGCUGCAGCAGCCAGCUCAGCAUCCGCACACACAAUCUUCGUCAGUGUCAAUGGCGGUGCAGUAGGAGACGGUGUCCGCGUCCCCUCCUACGACGGUCCCAUCAACGACGUAUCCAGCAACGACAUAGUCUGCAACGGCGGCCCCAACCCCACCGCCAAAACUUCCACGGUCAUCACCCUCCAAGCUGGCUCCACGGCCACCCUAACAUGGCGCCACACCCUCACCUCAGGGCCCUCGGACGUCAUCGACGCCUCGCACAAAGGCCCCGUAAUGGCCUACCUCAAGAAAGUCAGCGACGCAAAGACCGACUCGGGCGUCGGCAACGGCUGGUUCAAGAUCUCGGAAGAUGCCUUUGACGGCACAAAAUGGGGCGUUGAUCGCCUCAUCGCCAACAAAGGUGUCCAAACGAUUACCAUCCCCAAGUGCAUUGCGCCUGGGCAGUAUUUGCUCAGGGGAGAGUUGAUUGCGCUGCACUCGGCGAGUUCGAGUAUGGGCGCACAGUUUUACAUGGAGUGUGCGCAACUCAAUAUCAUUGGGGGUGAGGCGAGUAAGACGCCUGCUACUGUGUCUUUCCCUGGUGCGUAUAAGCAGAAUGAUGCUGGUAUCCUUUACAACCUUUACACGGGCAGCAAGACAUACACUAGUCCUGGACCGGCAGUGUUCAAGUGCUAG